GAUACAGUAAAUAUGCCUGGUUUUGCAUAAAAUUCGACAUACUGUUUCUGAAUGCUAAAUAUUGUAAUAUUUAGUACGAAUGUAUUCGUCACGUUGUCAUUAACUGGGAUGAACGCGUUCAAUUAAAACGGAUGGUGUCUACAAAAAUAGACAUUGAAUAGAAACUGUACGGUAUUUUCCGAGAACACGUUAUCCACUAUACAAUUAUUAUCAAUACAUAAUGAGAAAGUACGUGUAUGUAAAUGUUCAAUUACUGCAUAACUCUGAUAUCGCGUAAGAACGGGGAUUUAAAUUGCUUUUAUUUCAUUCCGAGAGUCAUUCAUCUGUCUGUCAACUAAUUAAAUCGGUUUUAAACUGACAAUUUAUUAUUCAUAUUAGCUUUUCUUCAAUACACUUUUCAACUUUCGUUAAGAGUUUAGUGUCCGUUUAUUUCAUUAUAGUGUGAAAUCAUUUAGGAAAUGAAGGAUCAUAAUUAAUUGGAGAAAAGAUGAGUAAGUAAGGAAACGAAGUGAAUAAUUUAAGAGGAAAUGGGAAUUACGUUCUCUGCGCCGAACAUUCCCAUUACCCGCGGGGAUCCUGACGAAUCCCAUUAUGCAUGCACGCAUAUUCGCUUUGUGGAAAUAUCGUCACCAUAUAAGAACCCUAAGAAAGUUUUCCUUAUCGGUUCGCGUGUAACCACGCGAUGAAAUGCAUGGGGGGUCAGGAAAACGGGAACUUCCAUCAUGUCCAUAGCUCUCAUCCUAAUGACACCGAAAUCGACGAUUGAGAAACAAUUCCUGAGAAAGAUAUAUCGCAUUUGACGUCUUCUCUCGCUUAAAAUCAUAUGCAUAUAAAGCAACGUGGCCAGUGUUCCACCGAGUGGUCUCACAAUCAAAGCUUCAACUAUCAUUAAUUGCCAGGGUGUUAUCGGUAUAUAGUAACAAUUAAAACAGAAUAUUGACCGGGUGCAAUAUGGUUUCGUUCGGCGGCCGCAUAAACUUAUUAUCGAUGUAUGCAAUUGUGGUUUUAGCUGCGUUAAUCGGCGUCACAACUGUUGGAGCAGAACUUAAGCUAGUGAACGUGAUAUUUAGGCAUGGCGAUAGAACGCCGGAUAAUAAUGCCGAUGAAAUGUAUCCGAACGACCCUUACCUCAACAGUACCUUUUAUCCAAUGGGUCGAGGCCAGCUGACAAAUGCAGGUAAGAUGCGUGAAUUCACACUGGGACAAUUUCUGAGGAAUCAUUAUGCGCCAUACCUGGGAAACAUUUACACGUCACAAUCGGUCUCGGCUCUCAGUUCUGAUUACGACAGAACAAAAAUGUCUUUGCAACUCGUUCUUGCCGGACUCUUCCCACCACACGAGUUACAAUUGUGGAAUCACAAUCUACAUUGGCAACCGAUUCCUGCCCAAUACUUGCGACGCUACGAGGACAACGUAUUCCUCCCAGAAGACUGUCUUUUAUAUGCAGUUGAAUACCAAAGAGUAUUACAGUCCCCUGAAGGAAGGGCUGGAAUAUCGAAAUAUAGUACGCUGAUGAAGAACUUGACCAAUUGGACUGGAAAAAAUAUAACUACACCUCUUGAUAUGUAUUAUCUUUACCAUACACUGAUGGCCGAGUAUUCGAUGGGUUACACUUUGCCACACUGGACGAAAGACAUUUUCCCAAAAGGAGAACUGUUCGACGGAACAGUAUUUUCAUACGACAUUGCUAAUUCGACGCCUUUACUGAAGAGACUGUACGGAGGUCCAUGGCUUCGAAUUGUUACCAAGGCCAUGUUAGACAUCGUGUCAGGAUCAGAAAAAGAUAGAAAAAAGAUGCAUUUGUUUAGUGGUCACGAAAGCAACAUUGCCGCCGUUUUACAUGCGCUUGGUGCUUACUAUCCCCACGUCCCGGAAUACUCCAGUGCUAUCAUAUUAGAACUUCAUCAUAACGUUAACGCCUAUUACGUACAGGUGGUUUACUACGUGGGUAUUCCGUCCAGAGCACACGUGGUGCAAAUACCUGGCUGUGAUGUACUCUGUCCAUUGGACAAAUAUCUCCAACUGGUGGAGGAGGUAUUGCCAUCGAACGAAGAAAUGAUUUGCGAUAAGGGUCUGGCAAGGGAAUAUUUGGACAAGAAGUCUACCGAAGAAUUAGAGUUAUUGAAAUAUAAUUUAAUAAGAACGGCAGGAGUUAUCGAAGCUAAGUAGCCGCGCAAAACAUUCAAGCGUGAAUUGCAUUCCUUUAAAACCAAAGGAAGCUCCGUAGUCUUCGUACAGGCUGUCUUUUAACGCGACGAAUAUUUAUAUGAUUAUAAUUGAACUUAAUGUAUAUAUAAUAAUAAUAUGGUAUUAUAUGAUUUAAACAAAAAAUAAGUAUUUUCGUAAUCGAUCAUGCACUUAACUUAAACAAUCAAUUUCAUAAUAGCGUAACUUGUGUAAUUCUGAACUGACGAUAUGAAGAAUGUAAAUACGUAAAUAAUUCUUAAUUUAUAAAUCAGUAACAUACUAAUUAUAUUGACGUCGUGCAAAAAAAAAUUGCAACGGACUGUAAUUCGUACUGCCUUAAUUAUUAUACCAGAUUUAUCUCUA